AUGUCCUAUUUUCCAGGAUCGGACGCCCUCUUUUUGUUCGUCUACAUCUUCACAUUUGUAACAGGACUUCCCCUGAACAUAGCAGCCCUGUGUACGCUCAUCAAAAAAUUUAGGCAAGGUGUCCUACCAGUGGACAUCCUGUUGGUCAACUUGACCAUUUCCGAUUUGCUUCUUUUGAUGUUUCUUCCUUUCCGCAUGUUGGAAGCCGCAUCUGGCAUGCAGUGGAAUAUGCCGUAUGUGUUAUGUCCUUUGUCAUCGUUUAUGUAUUUCAGCAGCAUUUACAUCACCUCUCUCUUCCUCAUGGCCAUCAGCCUGGAGAGGUAUCUUGCUGUUGCCUUUCCUAUCAAAUACACGCUUCUCCGGAAACCAAUCUACUCUGUGCUGACUAGCCUCUUCAUCUGGUUCAUUGGAUCUGUUCACUGCAGUAUUGUAUACAUCGUGGAGCAUGUUCUUCCCAAUAAUAUGACGGAACACAACAAUAUGACGUGCUACAGUACGUUUUCUCCACGCCAGCUCAAGAUUCUACUCCCAGUCAGGCUAGAAAUGAGUUUGCUCCUGUUCCUCAUCCCAUUUUUGAUCACCGUCUUCUGUUAUGCCAAUUUCAUCAAGAUCGUCCUGUCUCAGCCUCGCAGAAGAAGAAAAAUAAGAGCCAUCUGCCUAGUGGUGGUCACCCUCAUUAAUUUCAUCCUUUGUUUCAUGCCCUAUAAUUUAUCGCAUGUUGUAGGGUUUUUCCAGGGCGAUAGUCCACAGUGGAGAGUCUACUCUCUGCUCCUAAGUACCUUCAAUGCGGCGUUGGAUCCUCUCAUAUUCUACUUCUCAUCUGCUUCCUUUAAGAAAGUCUUUUUGGAGGGGCUGGUGGACGUUUUGAAAAAGUUGCAUUUUGGAAAGUGUUGCUAUAAAAUGUGCAUUGCUCCUUGCGAGAGAGAGGCUAAAGCGAUCAGAGUUCCAUAA